CUCCCCUGGAAAGGGCCUUUCCGCUUUCCACACGCGGCCGCUGCCUCACUCGCGGGAUCCUGCCUGGCCGGGCAGGGAAGACAGGAUGUUCCCCUUACCUCAGAAGGAAUCCAGGGCGUCUGCCACCUGUCCAGGCCCAGACUCCACACAGGAGCUGAGCAGAAACAAUGGGGGUGGUCUGGAAGAAGGGUGCUCCAGGAAUCCAGACCAGAAGGGGCUAAAGCUUUACCAAGUGGGCGAUCCCACUGCCACGUUCUCCUGUGACAGCUCCUGCCUGUCCUCUAGAGGGAAAAUCGUUAAAUGGUUCUGGGACUCAGCUGAGAAGGGCUACAGGACCUACCAUGAGAACGAAUAUGAUGAGGACAAGAACCCCAGUGGCAUCAUUAACUUGGGCACCAGUGAGAACAAGCUCUGCUUCGACCUGCUGUCCUGGCGGCUGAGACAGAGCGACAUGCUUCAGGUGGAGCCAUCCCUGCUGCAGUACGGUGACUGGAGGGGACAUCUGUUCCUCCGGGAGGAAGUGGCCAAGUUCUUAUCUUUCUACUGCAAGAGCCCAGCACCCCUCAAACCAGAAAAUGUGGUGGUUCUGAACGGCUGUGCCUCGCUCUUCUCUGCUCUGGCCACGGUGCUGUGUGAGGUGGGGGAGGCUUUCCUGAUCCCCACCCCUUACUACGGAGCCAUCACCCAGCACGUCUUCCUCUACGGCAGCGUCCGCCUGGUCUACGUCCAUCUGGACAGCGAGGUCACUGGGCAAGACACGCGCCCCUUCCAGCUGACAGUGGAGAAGCUCGAGAUGGCCCUGCGAGGAGCGAAUUCUGAGGGUGUGAAGGUCAAAGGCCUCAUCCUCAUCAACCCCCAGAACCCCCUGGGUGACAUCUACUCCCCGGGAGAGCUGCAGGAAUACCUGGAAUUUGCCAAGAGGUGGGGAACCCCCGAGGGCUCUGCCUCUUUCCUACGGUGCUUCAAAAGCCCCACUGUCAUCUCCGUGGUAUCUGUGACCACAGGCAUGGUCACCCUAGGCCAGACCAACGUCCCUCUGCCCCUGCCCAAAGAAUGUCUGGGAAUCGUGGUUCAAAGGCACGAAACCCAGGCUUGCUCAGGACCAGAACCAGACUCCCUCUCCAUCUCCUCACUGGUUCAUCCAAAGGCGCAGGGCUUCCAUGCUGCCUUUUCCCCGCCCUGUGCUCCCCGCAGGCUGCCUGAUCCCCAGAGGACCCACGUGAUGUGGGCGACCAGCAAGGACUUCGGGAUGUCUGGGCUCCGCUUUGGCACGCUGUACACAGAGAACCAGGAUGUGGCCACUGCUGUGGCUUCCCUCUGCCGCUAUCAUGGCCUCAGUGGCUUGCUCCAGAGCCAGAUGGCCCAGAUGCUCCGUGACCGAGACUGGAUCAACCAGGUGUACCUGCCGGAAAACCACGCCCGACUCAAGGCUGCCCAUGCCUAUGUCUCAGAAGAGCUCAGAGCCCUGGGGGUCCCCUUCCUGAGUCGGGGGGCAGGCUUCUUCAUCUGGGUUGACUUGAGAAAGUUCCUGCCCAAGGGCACCUUUGAGGAGGAAAUGCAGCUCUGGUACCGCUUUUUGGAGAACAAGGUGCUGCUGUCCUAUGGCAAGGCCUUCCAGUGCAGGGAGCCCGGCUGGUUCCGCAUCAUCUUCUCAGACAGGGCCCACCGGCUCCGCUUGGGGAUGCAAAGGGUCCGGCAGGUGCUGGAGGGCAAGUCCCAAGUGGUAGAAGAACCUGCCUCCCUGGCAGACCCAGGAGCCAAGUGAUCAGCCCAGGUGAGCUGUUCGUGGCCUCGUGGCCAGAAGGCCCAGCGACCACUGCCCACCCGGGCCUCCCAGGCUGCAGAAGAUUGCACGUGGAUGAGCUGUGGGCCAGUGAGGUACCGGCUUGGCUUUCCCCGAUGAAGAACGGUUUCCUGCCCUCCUCUGUGGCAGUGGGAGGAUGCUGUCCUCCCCACCUCCAAGCUGUGCCCUUCCUUCUCCCCUUUUAAACAAAGCUGGAAGAAAUCAGA